AUUUCCUGCUUGCUGUUUCCACUCGAAGCGAUGGCAGAAGUGAAAGCUUCGCUGCUUUGUGGAGUUGUAGCCGCUUUCCUCAGUUCGGCGGUGCUCGCGUUUGUUGAAGAUCUCGAUGACACAUUCAAAGACACCAGAGUGAACGAUAUCUGGCUGGUCGAUUUCUAUGCGCCGUGGUGCGGCUACUGUAAAAAGCUAGAGCCAGUAUGGCAGGAGGUGGGAGUCGAGCUGAAGAGCUCCGGGUCGCCGGUUCGCGUGGGAAAGAUGGAUGCCACUGCUUACUCUGGAAUGGCAUCAGAGUUCGGCGUUCGCGGUUACCCCACAAUAAAACUGUUAAAGGGUGAUCUCGCCUAUAAUUACAAGGGACCAAGGACAAAAGACGACAUUGUAGAAUUUACCAACAGGGUGGCAGGACCGGCGGUCCGGGCACUUCCCAGCAAGCAGAUGUUUGAGCACAUGUUGAAACGACACGAUGUGCUUUUUGUGUACGUCGGUGGGGAGUCUCCCCUCAAAGAGAAGUACAACGACGUCGCCUCUGAGCUCAUCGUCUACACUUAUUUCUUCUCGGCUUCAGAGGAAGUUUUUCCAGAGUCAGUAACUUUGCCUGAGCUUCCUGCGGUCGUAGUCUUUAAGGAUGGAGGCUACUUUACCUACGAUGAGUAUGAAGAUGCUAGUUUGUCGUCAUGGGUGAACAAGGAGCGCUUCCAAGGAUACCUCCAGAUUGAUGGCUUUACACUCUAUGAGCUGGGAGAAACAGGCAAAUUGGUGGCGAUUGCAGUCAUCGAUGAGAAGGACCCCACAGAGGAGAGUGGCAGAUUAAAGACCUUGAUUCAGAGGGUGGCGAAGGAAUACAGAGAACAUUUUAACAGAGACUUCCAAUUUGGCCACAUGGAUGGGAAUGACUACAUUAACAGCCUCAUUAUGGGCGAGGUGACGGUGCCCUCCGUUAUCAUCCUUAACACAUCCAACGAGCAGUACUUCCUGCCCAGUGAGCCGAUUGAGACCAUGGAGCAGCUGGUCCAAUUCAUCAACGGUGUUUUGAACGGUUCUGCACAGGCUUAUGGAGGUGAUGGCGUCAUUCAGAAGAUCAAACGUGUGGCCUUUGAUGCCAGAUCCACCAUUAUGUCAGUGUUUCGCAGCUCUCCACUGCUGGGCUGCUUCCUGUUCGGCCUACCGCUGGGUGUAAUUAGCCUGAUGUGCUACGGCAUCUGCACAGCUGAGUCGGACGACGGUUCGGAUGACAUCGACGCGCUCAAGAGGGAGGGCCUGACCGACGAAGAGGAGGAAGAGGAGGAGGAGAGGCUACGCGCCGCUGAGCUGGAGGGCCCAGAAGAGGGCGAGAACGAGGAAGACGACGCCGAGGAGAAGGAUCCCGGGGAGAAGAAAACCGAUUAACACAGGGGCUCCUAUUGGAUGGAGGAUGAUAGGCCUAGUCAAAUACAGUGACAUGAAACUCAAAGACAUAUCAGUGUAUUACCAUUCUGCUUCUUUGUUUUUCAUAUCACUUCCCCGCGAAGCCCCUCCAGCACAGACUGCUGUCCCAUCUUUGAGCUCUGCGCGUCAGUUCGUUAGGUCAGCUGCUCAGUGAAGCCAAUGAAUCAUGUUUAAAACUAACAGCCUUUUUAAUGAUGGAGUCCAAACACAUAAUGUUCAACAGAGGAAAGGAUGGCUGUGAACCAAACAUACCAUUUAUUUAUUAUGAUUUGACCAACCAGUGGUUUAUUCCACGUGAUGUGUAACCCUUUCUCUGACAUUGUUAGGCUGUUGUUUUGUAACCACUUAAAUGCCCUUAUUAUAGCCUCUUUUUUGUCAUGUCCAAUAUCUUCUGUUUUUUUUUCUUUUUCCCUGUUCACUUUGUUAUGCUAGAAUAGCAGAUCUUGUAGAUGGUAGAUGAAUCUUGCCUUCAAACCGAGUACAACGCAAACACAGACUUUUUGUUCCCCUCUUCCCCCAACCCAAAGUGCAGGCUUAUCAUGUAUAGUGAGUGACGAGUGCAGAAAGCAAAGGAAGUGCCCAAGAAGGAAAAUCUGCCAUAAAUGAAUUGUGCUUUUUCUAUUGUAUGUUAUUGCCUGAAAAUAUUUCUUGUAGGGAUGCAAAGUGCCGAGCAUACGACUUAUUUCCCGUGCGAGCCACCUGUUAGUCUCCAUUCUUGCAGAGAGUUGAUGAAAAAGGUGAUUGGUAUCAGUCUGGCUGAUGCUGGAAUAUGGCAACUGCAUAUUUUCUUUAACUCAUUUCAACGCGACAUGAUCGACCAGCUAGAAAUCCCCAGUAUAGAUGGCUUGCAUCUGUACAGCAGACACCCAUAACAUGCAUCAGUAGCUCGUGCAGCUUUUAACAACUCAUAUUCCUCAGAUAGACCAGCUCUGACUGUUCCCAUAUUUCAAUCUUCCCUCCAUCACUGGUUGCCGUAUUGAAUUCAGUAGGUAGGUUGAAGUUUACAUCCCAAAGCACUGAGAAGUACAUGGAGCGUACGAAAUAAUAAGACCGUCUCCCUACUUUGAGUUUCACCCCUUUCUUUUUGUUAAAAUCCACUAUUGUCAGUUUUCUCAAGGCAUAGAAAUCCAUCUCCAUCCUAUUUUCAUACCCUUGUGACUAAAGUGUAUAUAAUAGCUUAAAUCAAGCAGGGGUUAUGGCUUCAGCUUGGAUUCAGCUGGCAAGCCUUUUCCAUGAAAAGAGCAAGUGCUCCUAAAAUCUGCUUCACCCAGUGUAAUACCAUUUUUAUGAAAAAUGCACAGUCGAGUGAACCUUAUUGAAUUUAGUUGCCUCUCUGGCAUGUUAAAGCACCUGAAAACAUGUUUUGUUAUCUUUAAUAUCUAUGAAGAUCAAUAUUUGUCACUAAAGUAGGGAGUUAUUUAAAAAAAAAAACAACCCGACAACACUCAAAAACUCAGGGUGUAAUUUUGAGAAUUGAUUUUCGGUGGCGUUUCCAUGGCAACAAAUGCAGAUUUCCCCCUGGCUGUCUUUAGAUUCUUACUCUUGAUUGGUCCAUGGAAGCACCCAGACAGCUUUUGACCAAUCAGCCACGCCCACUGCAAACCAGUGAGAAGAGCACAGACAAAAACACAAAUACUGCGUGAACAUCUGAAUAACCAGGAUGGUUCCAUAUUUAGCAGAUAACUCUUUCAUCACGUUCGACCCCAUCGCCGAUGAUGACUUGGCCUUUUGGGGAAAUCCGCUUCUUGGUUAGAUGCUGUUUAGCUUAGCACAAAGACUGGAAAUUGUUUGAAGAAAACCUAAAGUAACUUUAGGAAUUGUUAUGGUUGCCGUGGAGACGACCUACAAAGUCCCUGCGUCUGUCAAGAUUUAAUUUGGCAGAUAACCUCCAGAAAAACCAAACAGUCAUUGUCUUUACACUUCAGAUUUUAAUAAGAUGUUAAUUAGCUUCAGAGGUGAUGGUGGACUGAUUCUUAUCUCCUUUAGACGGGGCCAGGAUAGCUGUUUCCCACCGCUUCCAGUCCUUAUGCUAAGCUAAGCUAAUGAAACAUGAGCAGAUCUUCUGUCUCUCUGCAGCGAAGCAAAUAAGCGCUCUUCUCAAAACGCCAAACUAUUCCUUUAAACAGACACGCUGGAUUAUUAUUUGCUCUGAGUUUGUUUUACAUUAUUCAUCUGAAACACUCCUGCAUUGUGUUUAACGCGCAGAGCUGCAAAGCAAUUAUAAGUUUGAAAUGAGCAAUGAAAGCUGCUAUAACAGGCUUUCUCUCAAGGGGGCUUCGACACAUGGUAAUGAGUGAGCAGUCAGUUCGUUGUUGAACUUGGGUGCAGUCGAUUGACAAAGUAAUUUUAACCGUAGGUCCACAUCCUGGAUUUUUCUCGAGCCUUCUGUCGCGUCUCACGAGGUGACGCCCGAGCACACUACUAAGCGGGUCUUGAAUUAAGAUGUUAAUUUCAAACGGUACUGAAUGUUUUGAGCUGUUAUGUUAUUGUGUAAAGGUAAUCCCCCACUCCUCGCCCCCUUUCUGUUACCCUUUUUAAAACGCGUAGCUGAGUAAUAAGACGGCUGCGGGGUUUGUUAUUUCGUCGUGCUCAUUUUGUCGCUCAGUCUCUCUUGUAACUUGAUCCACUUAGGCACCUCAACCUAAGCACACCUGUUGUUUUUAAUAUACAGACGUUACCUGUAUUAUUACUGUGAAACUGCACUAAAGGAAACCAUGCCCUCGCCUUGCCUUCUGGUCUUUGUAGUUGCCUGCCAUUCUCUGCCAAACUUCUUCUUUGGGUUUGAAUUGAGAUUGUCACGUUUUGUUACAGGUUUGAAAGAUUGAAAUAAAGAUUGUCCUUUUUUUCUUG